CACACAACAGCCAUGUCUCUCAAGAUAACCACCAUCCUGUCUGUCGCCGUGCUGGCCCUGGCCGACUAUCCUUCAAGAUACCCACCACCACCAUCUCCCCAAUCCUACCACGCCCCUCCAUCACCGUCCUAUCCUCCUCCCCCAUCCCCAUCCUACCCCACCCCCGCCCAUUAUGGUCAGCCACAGUAUCCUGAAGAGCCGCCUAAAUACUCCUUCGGGUACAACGUUAAGGACGACAACGAUGGUGUAAACUUCGGCCACUCGGAGGCCCGCGACGGAGACAACACCGAGGGCAGCUAUAAUGUGGACCUCCCCGACGGUCGGACAAAGACCGUCACUUACGUGGACAACGGCGACGGUCUAAAGGCUGAUGUGACCUUCAAGGGCAACAUCCAGCCUGUCCCCAGCUACAAUCCUGCCCCCAGCUACAAUCCUUCCCCCAGCUACAACCCUACACCCAGCUACUAUCCCGCCCCCAGCUACAACCCUACACCCAGCUACAACCCUACACCCAGCUACUAUCCCGCCCCCAGCUACAAUCCUACACCCAGCUACUAUCCCGCCCCCAGCUACAACCCCACACCCAGCUACCCCCCUCCACCAACGCCAAUAUACGGCUAAGUUAGUUAUCAACAUUUUGAUCAUCUACCAACUAAUGCCUUGUCACUGGCUGCCCACGUGUGUUGAUAAUGUCGUGUUUUGAAAAAUGUUUAUUGGAAAUAUUAAAUAAAUUAUCUAAAUAG